GCCAAAGGCGGUACCAUGAACAUUUUUGAACGGAGCGCGGCUAGUUGUUAGCAUGUGUGUGGGAUAGCUAGUUGCUAGUGUAGCACACUGUGUUUGUUUUUUUUUCUCCAGCAACUUCAAAAAUCCAUGGCGUCGUCUCGAAAUUCAAGCACUUGGUUUGAAUCCCCGGCUAAGGUAUUUGCCAAGAUGAAAUCCAAAGUGCAAAGAGAAGCGAUGUGCGCCAAAGAGGGAGGCUUCAGUGGUAAAGACCAGAGGUUUGGCGUUCGAGAGGAGAAACACGGAGAAGAUGUUUGUUUACCACUGAGGAUAACCGAGGGCGUUUGGGAAGCAAAUGACCUCCAGCGGAAUGACAGGUUUGAUCAAGUGAAAGCUCUGACUCUUUCACCCAUAAAGAGUCCAACGAAAGGCUAUUCAGCAAAGGAAAUCCCUCGUAUGACAAAUGCAGAAAAUGGAUUCCGAUCCACAAACAGACAUCGUAUGGAGUCCAGUGCAGUGUUCCAUUCUACUAGAGACCCUGUUUACAAUGACAUCACUAGAACUCCAGAAAAGAAUGUUGACAAAAGUUUUGAAAGGGUUCAAGGAUUCGCUCCCCUUGAUGCUUCUUUACCUCCAGACACAUAUUUUACCCCCACGAGGAACAAAGUGAAGAAAAGAAAACUGGUGGAGCAAGACAUGGACAUAAUCAGCAGAGUCACGGAUGUUGACGGAGAGAAUAACAGCAAUAUUGAAGACCUACAGCGUGAAAAAGGGUGUCCACUCACGACAAACCGAGACCAAAAAUAUCCACGAAUAACAAGGUGCUCUGAAACCCUCAUGUCGCCUGCCAAGAUAUUUGCUUACAUGAAGGAGAGAGAGAACAGAAGAGAGCUGGACCAAGACAUUGAAGUCUGCAAGGAACUCCUACAUGAUGGAGACCAGAAUUGUCAUUCCCCUGCUUCCAAUGUGGACAAGAUGGAUGAAGACGAUGCUUGUGUAGCUGAUUUGAACAGCGAGAGUCCAGUCACCCAGCCCCGACCGAAGUUUGUCAACUGCCAAUUGGACACUGUUCAGCCUGAGAACACCACUUCCUCUGUUGAGAUGUCGGAACCUGUUUUGUUUGAAGAUCCCAUUGUCCUCAAUACACCCCGCAUCACCAUUCCAAAGAAACACAAGGCGAUGUUCAAGAACAAGCAAUGGCCAAACCCUGAAACCAUGCCCAGUGAUAGCAUCAUUAAUCUUAAUAAAUGGUUCCUGAGGAGGAAUCGCAAAGGCCUGUUUGUCGAUGGAAUCCGUGUUGGGGACAACAUACCCUGGAACAGUAACAUUGUGGUGGAGAGAGUUUCCAGCACUGUAGUGAAGACUGUCUCUGGCAGGGUUUAUAUCUUGAUGGGCAAGCUCAACAUGGAUGUUGACUCUGAAUUCCCAAUGUGGCUUUUGCGGAAGUUUGUGAAUGGAUUUCCUGCAAACUGGAAGGAGCUUUUUGAGAAGUUUUUGUCCGACUCAAAAGACAGGGGUAAAAAGCAUAACGGUGAAGGAAGAAGAGGAAUUACUAGGACAAUGUCUGAGACAACUUCCGCCACGCCUACAAUGAAGCUGCCUAAGAAAAAUCCUGUUAGGACCUGCUCCUCUUCUGCAGCAGAUUCGUGUCUGCCUUCCUCCUCUACUUCCACAAAAGUAUCUCGCAGUGGUCGUCUGAUCAAGCCGCCUUUGGAGUACUGGAAAGGAGGCAGGGUCAUUCUGGAUGCGGACAUGAAUGUUACUAUCUUUGAAUGUUACGAUACCUCCAUCUGCAAUUAUAGGCAAGUCUCCCCAGUGGUGUCUCGUGAGGCAUCUCAGAAAUCUGCCCAGGCUUUGCAAUGCACCGAUAAAAGGGGACGUAAACAACGUAAGUCCAGCAGUGAUGGCGAGCCCCCAGCGAGACUGAGGAAAGUCAAGGCACCACUCAGCAAACAUAAACAAGUUAAGCAAAUUCAACCCGAGGAGAAUCCCCCUGUUUCAAACAGAGGUGCUGUGCAGAGGCAAAGCCGUCGCACCACCAGCACUGAUCAACAAUCGAGUCAUGAAAAAAAGCUCCCACCUCAAAGUGAAACCCUAAACCAGCGUGUGCUUCGAAUCUCACUGAGGAAAUGCACAACCACUCACCCUCAGUAUUUUGAUAAUGACAAAUUAUCAGUGUACAAGUCGUUGGAUGAAGAAGAGGUGUUGACUACAAAGAGAACAAGACAGAGCAACAGGAAGCAGAGGCAGAGAAGCAGGAAGCACUCCACAUCCAGGUCAUGCCCAGAGGUGAGUGAGAAGACACUUCAAAAUCCAGGGCGGGCCCCAAAAACUGUCAAUGCGGCACCGUCUCAACCUAAGCAAACCAAAAGUGUCAAAGCAGCAGCACCCGCAAAGCUUCCAGCUGAUUUCACACAGCCUAAAAAGAAAUCUAACAAAGGACGCACAGUGCAGCCUCAAGUCGAAGACGAACACACAUGGACGCAGGAUGAGCUUGCAAAACUAGAACAGGCUGUGUCCAGGUAUCCUAAGCACGUGUCAAGCUACUGGGAAAAGGUGGCCAUGAUGGUUGGCACGCGCUCUGCAAAUGAGUGCUACAACAAGCACAUGGUCUGCAGAGACAGUCCUCCUAAGAGCACCUAUAAAACCAAGAAUAAUGAGGUGCCAAAAAAACAAGACUGUCCUGUAAUAUCUGCAAAGUUUAGCACCUUCAAGAGAAAGCAACAGGUUCGUCAGUUCCUGGAGACCAUGCCCAGAGAGGACAUGGAUGAUGCUUUUAGCGCAUCAAGCAUGCAGAAUAAACGCUUUGAGAUGCCAUCCAUAAAUUCAAGCCACGAUGAGGACUUUACCCUGGGAAAUGUGGCACCUCUGACACCUAUUUCAUCAGGUUUCCCUGAAGUAAAGACUCCUCAGUGUCUCGCCAUCACUCCUGGAAUGAUGGUCUCUCCAAAAAGCAACAACAACAAUAAGUACGUCUUCCAGCUCCAGAAGAGGAUGAAAACAAAUCAGUUAAAUGUCCAUAAACACGUUCCAGCAAAGAGGUUCUCACCCACACCAUCAGUCAAACGGACAAUGAAAAGAUGUGAAAACCCAGAAAACCAUUCCUUCGUUGUUUGGGAGAUGUUUCCAGAGAAAGCAAGCUUGCUGUCCGAAAGUGGAGAAGAAGACUUUUACUUUUCAGAUGAUAACUGAGCCGACAUGUGUAAAAACACAGCCUGCAUCUAAUGCUACUCUGGAACACUAGAGAUGUUUUUAAAAAUAGAAAUAAAAUCACAUUAGCAAUUAUACGUGGUUAUGAAAUAAUUGUACAAAUACAUGUUGUAAUUCACAAUCUGCAUUUGAGACAUGAACACGUGUACGUUCCAAUGAUAUAAAAACAGAUGAGCACACCCAUGUUGCCUACAAAGACUGCUGUUAAAACACCUCCAAAUCCCUUCAACAAGUUUUUAUGGUUGUAUGUCCAUGCUUUAGUCACGGUUACAUUCAUGAUAACAUACAUCACUUACAGUAUUUUGCCAUAUUUGGGUACUUUUAGCAUUGCCUUCCUUGUCGCAUUGGUUUCACAACAAACACAUAGAUCUAGUGUUAACUUUUCCAAACUCUAAAAUGGUGGCGGUUCCAAUAUGUUGUAGCGUUACCUUAAACAUUAAAAAAGUUGAGUGUAGCAUAGAAUUGCCAGGGGAAUUUUUUCCCAUUUUGUAAACAAACCAAAAAAAAUUAAAUUUGUAAAUAACUACAUCAAGCAAUUUUGGAAAUACCGGACAUUAAGUUAGUUAACAGUUAAUAUUCAGUUAUAUCAUGUUUUUGUGAGCAGCUACUUUUCCCAUUUUGUUUGGCAGUCCGCGAACGCACCAUUGUGAGUGCGUUAACUUACUCCCACACUGCACAGAUAGACUGCUAUGCCUUUUUUCUUUCACCUCAUUUUUGGUCCAAAUGCCGAUACUAUGCGGGAACACAUAAAGAUUAUGUUUGAGGACGUUAUUGAGUGGUAGUCAUGCUAGCACAUUACCUGUUAAAUAAAAAAAACAGCAAAAUAGUGAGUCUGUAUUAAGUUUUACCCUGUCUUAAUUUUACUCAAUAAAUUAAAUGGCUACAAUGCAAUACAGCUCGUAACGUCGAUUUUCAGAAUUCUGGUGUUCCUGAAUGCAUCUGACCGUGAGUCUGAUUGGUGCAUAAUGCGGAAGUGUGGUUGUUAACUUGCUGGUG